CAGAGGUUUGCUGGCCGAAUGCAUACGAGUGCGAACGCGUUUUGACGCCUUGUGACGAAGACGCGGUUUGCCGUAUCCGUCGAAUUCCGUUGCCUAGAGGGUUUCGGCAUUGUCCACUUAGCUGUCCCUUCAAGAGCACCUCGGCAUCGCGUCAAUAAUGGCUGCCGCUAAUGACUUUGACAAUGGGGCAAAGCCGUCGGCUGUUGAAGAUCUUAUAGGUCACGUGCGAGUCGUCAUCCCGGACAUCACUGAAGACAUGCUCAAUUCUCUGCUUGUAUACAUCAAAUCAGCGGGCGUCACCUGUGAAGCGGACAUUGAAAAGAUAGAGGGUAGCACGCUUUCCACGAUUGUUGGUGCCGAGAAUGCAAUUGCACUGUUGGACUACUUUAGGAAGCAAGCCUUGAUCAGCAAGAAGUCACUGUGCCCUGUGGUCACGAGUCCCACGGUAGCCGCUGCUCAGGAGUCUGCCGUUGCUCCCGUCGGAGGCGUGUCCCAAGACAUGGUCCAACUUUUCAAGAUGGUUGUAGAAAUGCAGAAGGAUGGCAAUGAGCAAAACAGGAAGGCGAUGGAUGAUAUGCGAAUCACGCAGAUGCAAUUCCUGGGAACCGUGAAGGAUGCUAUGGUGGAGACAUCUUCGAUGGUCAAGGACGCACUGGAGACGGUGACCAAGCAAACUACGGAGCAGGCAAGAAUGCAGCGGGAGACGUUGACGGCCAUACAACAGACCACGCAGGCCGCGACCAAGACGAACCAAGAGGCGAUGAGCGCCAUGCAGCUCAACAUGGCGGAGACGCGCAGGAUGAAUUCGGAGACGACCGAGUUUGUCCAUAAAAGCAUUGCCACUAUGCUAGAAGAACAGCGAAGAAGCGCCGAAAAAGUGCAAGAAAUGUUGCAGCCAGCCCCCAAGGACGAUUGCGUCAUCCAAUGAUCGUACGGUGGAAGCAAAUAAACAUCGGAGACAGCAA